UGCAAUCUUAUAGAAGACUAUACUUUAAGCAUUAUAACAAACAAGCAUGACUUCCAUUGGUACCGGUUACGAUUUAUCAAAUAGUGUUUUUUCACCAGAUGGAAGAAACUUCCAAGUUGAAUACGCCAUGAAGGCAGUUGAAAAUGGAGGAACUUCUAUUGGAAUCAAAUGUAAAGACGGGGUUGUGUUGGCUGUAGAAAAAAUUAUAAAUUCCAAAUUGUUAGUGCCAGGCAAAAACAAACGAAUUCAAACUGUUGAUAGACACAUUGGGGUAGUAUACUCUGGAUUGUUACCUGAUGGACGUCACUUUGUCAAUAGAGCCCGUGACGAAGCACAAUCGUUCAAGUCUAUUUACAAGAACUCUAUUAGUGUGCCUCACCUUAUGGACAGAUUAGGGAUCUAUGUCCAGAAUUAUACUUGUUACAACUCUGUCAGACCAUUUGGAAUAGUUUCUAUUGUAGGUGGGAUUGAUGACAAUGGUCCUCAUUUAUAUAUGAUUGAACCAAGUGGAAGUUGUUGGGGUUACAGUGGAGCUGCCACUGGUAAAGGUCGACAAUUGGCCAAAUCUGAAUUGGAAAAGUUGAAUUAUGAAGAAUUGGAAAUCAAAGAGGCGGUCAAGUUAGCUGCUAAGAUUAUUCAUUUGGCUCAUGAAGAUAACAAGGAUAAAGAUUACGAAUUAGAAAUCAGUUGGGUUUCCAAGGAGUUUACCAAGGGUAGACACGAAUUCGUUCCUGAUGACUUAUUAGAAGAAGCCAAAAAGUUUGCUGAAGAAGACGACGAUGAAGAAGAAGAGGAAGAAGAGGAAGGGGAUGAAAUGCAAGAGUAAACUGUGUAGGUGUAAGUUUAGAAAUAAAUGCUGCCAACUUUUUUUUUUAUAUAUAUACUAGACAAAAAAAAGUACGUGUCC